GUGCCCCAGUUCAAUCAGAUACAUUAUGAUCUUUCCGGUCAAACGAGUGCGGAAUUGGAGGAAAUUGAGCUUAUGGGUGAGCAUCCCACGGUCGAUCCCCUGUCCCGGGCGGAUCACGCCGGCUAUUUGGAAGAAUUGGUACGAAAUGUGCGUCAAAUGUUCGAGAAAAGUCUGCACAUGGAAAUGGCUCGAAGAAUGUCUGCCGAGACGGAGUCCAGACUGGAACCACCCGAUCGAGACAUCUGUUCGACGGGACCGGAUGGUCCCGCACUGUUGUGGGAUUUGCAGUAUGAAAUGAUGGCCCACUGGGAAGCAUGUGAAGAGUAUUCAAAAUAUUUUAUCGCACGCCAAAAAUUGCUGGACGAUCUGGUGGAUUGGAUUGAUGCACAGCGCACGCGUGAACCGGGUCCCCUGUCGUCGGAUAGUUCGAUUGCGGCCCUCGGAGGAGCAUUCAGUUUCAUGUUCGUGAGGGGAGGAUCCGGCAGUGGGAAAUCUGUUCUAAUGGCCAAACUUGCUCAGCAUUUGAAGGAAAGAAGUAAAAUUCGGACACGUGUUAUUUAUCGUCACCUGGGCAGUUCCGGUGUCUCCUUAAACUUACUCCAAACUUUACGCUAUCUGUGUCUGGAACUAUCAGCCCGUAUGUCCGCGACAGCUCUUGCAGAUGUAAGUUACGAAGAUGAACUUCGAAUUCACCUAUCCAUUCGAUCGUUUCUGUUUUUUUUAUGA